UGCCUCGAAGUUGCAUCCAAGCCAGACUCUGAAUCUCGUGCUGUGGCACUGGGAGAGGUGAGCUCGGAAGAUCUGCGGAAUAAAAUUCAGCAGCUCCGGAGGCUGAUCAUGGAAAUCAAAGAGGAGAGAUCAUCAGAUGAAGCACGACAGUUUUUCCCUUCUUCCCAGUUAGACAGUCUAGGAGAGCCCCAGUUGACGAGUAUUCAGAGAAUUGCAAAUGAGCCAAAGCUGGAGUUCAGUCUUGCAUGCAAGGAUCUAGUGGCUGCUGCCCGUGAUCGGAAGCUGAACACGUUUAUCCAGGUCUCAGUGGUGCAUCCAGCCGAGCACAUUUCGACGCGGUAUUCAAGCACUGAAAUCGUGGAGGGUACAAAAGAUCCACUGUUUCUGACUGGUGUGACCUUCCCACCGGAAUACCCCAUCUAUGAGGAAACUAAAAUAAAACUUACAGUCUAUGAUGUCAAAGAUAAAUCCCAAGACACGGUCCGCACCAGUGUCCUACCUGAUCACAAGGAACCAAGAGCAGAUGUUGGGCGAAGCUUCCUGGGCUGUGCAACUUUUAGAGUAGGUGAUCUGGUAAAGUCAAAGGAGCAACAGUUGACCCUUACCCUCAGAACAUCUGAUGGUGGAAAGACAGUUGGUACCAUUGAAGUCAAUCUUAUGAAGAUGGGAGAGCUAGAUGAGGGGGAAACAGACCACAUCACAGCAGAUACUCAGGAUCAAAAGUGUGCACUGGUUCGUGAGUGUACAGCCACUGAAGGCAUAAGUGGGAAAGACAACCUGCCUUCCCUAAAUGCAGUGUUGAGAAACCCCGUUUGUAAGUUAUAUAGAUUCCCUACUUCUGACAACAAGUGGAUGCGGAUCCGGGAGCAGAUGGCUGAGACUACCCUCUCUUUCCAUGUUCCUAAAGAGCUAAUAAAUCUGCACAUAAAGGAGGAUAUGAGAAGGAAUCAGGAGCUUAAAGACCUGGGAGAACUUGCUCCUCACUGGGACAACAUGCGCAAAAGUGUAAUUGCUCACUGUGAUCAGAUGUUGAGUAUGUACCAGGACACUCUUGCAGAGCUUGGGAAGCAUACAGGUUCUUCCUUUAAAUCAAGCUGUAGCAAAGGAGAAAAAACACUAGAAUUCAUCCCAAUAAAUCUUCAUCUGCAAAGAAUGCAUGUGCAUAGUCCUCGAUUGAAAGAUGCUCUGUAUGAUGUUAUCACUGUGGGAGCCCCAGCAGCACAUUUCCAAGGAUUUAAGAAUGGUGGUCUCCGGAAACUGCUGAGUAAAUUUGAGGCUGAAAGACGAAAUACUGGAUACCAGUGUAUUUACUAUUCACCUGAAAACACAGCCAAGGCAAAAGAAGUUCUCAGCAACAUCAGUCAUCUGCAGCCUCUCAUAUCAAGCCAUGCAGACCUGCUGCUCAGUUCUGCAAGCCAGCGUUCUCCAGACAGCUUGAAGAAUUCUUUAAAGAUGCUUUCAGAAAAAACGGAGUUAUUUGUGCACACAUUCAAGGACCAGCUGGUCAGAAGUGCCCUUUUAGCACUGUACACAGCCCGGCCUGGCUGUGUCCUCAAGAAACCAGCUGUGCCUAGGAACAGUGCAGAAGAAGGGGCUGAUGCACAGCACCAGGAUCAUCCUUCUCAGAUUAAAAGGCAGGACUCUAUACCCCAUCAUUCUGAAUAUGAUGAGGAAGAGUGGGACAGGGUGUGGGCCAACGUGGCAAAGAGUUUGAACUGCCUUAUUGCCAUGGUGGACAGACUGCUUGAAAAAGACAACAUCAGCAACACUGAAGAGGGUGAAAAUGAGCCUUCAGCAGAAGAUUGCAAGGUGUUGCAUACAGGUGGUGACUGGUAUGAACAGCUGUACCCGCUGGUGAUUACCCUGAAGGACUGCAUGGGAGAGGUGGUGACCAGGGCCAAGCAAUCCAUGGCCUUUGUCCUGCUCCAGGAACUUGCCUGUGGCUUGCCCCAGUGUUUGAUGCUGACCCUAAGAAGAGACAUCGUCUUUAGCCAAGCACUCGCUGGAUUGGUCUGUGGUUUUGUAAUCAAAUUGCACACAGGUUUACAUGAUCAAGGAUUUUUACAACAGCUUCAUACUGUUGGAUUGCUCGUGCAGUAUGAAGGACUCCUUAGUACAUAUAGUGAAGAAGCAGGGAUGCUAGAAGACAUGGCUGUGGGCAUUUCAGAUUUGCAGAAAGUAAUGUUUAAAGUAAUUGAAGCCAAGUCAGAAGAUUUUUUGCCUAUUAUAACUGGAAGGCGUGAACAUUACAUUAUAGAGGUCCAGCUUCCAGCAAAGAUGUUUGAGCUGCUGCCACAAGAGAUUAAAGAAGGAAAGCUGCUUCGCAUGUAUCCAGUGCUCUUUAAUGUUGGAAUCAAUGAACAGCAAACCCUGGCAGAGAGGUUUGGAGAUACCACUUUGCAGGAAAACAUUAACCAGGAAAACUUAGAACUUCUCAAAGAGUAUUACAAGUUAUUUACAGAAAAAAUGCCUCCUGAUUGUUUACCACAUUUUCAAGAACAAAAUGAUUUAAAGGGAUUGCUAGAAAGUCUUCAUCAAAAUAUCCAGGCCAAAAAGAGAAAGAAUGUAGAAAUCAUGUGGCUGGCUGCAACGAUUUGCCGGAAGCUGAACGGAGUGCGCUUCACCUGCUGCAAGAGUGCCAAAGACAGGACAUCCAUGUCAGUGACGCUGGAGCAGUGCUCCAUCCUGAGGGACGAGCACCAGCUGCACAAAGACUUCUUCAUUCGGGCGCUGGAUUGCAUGAGGAGAGAAGGAUGCCGCAUAGAGAAUGUUCUGAAGAAUGUCAAAUGCAGAAAGUAUGCAUUCAACAUGAUACAGCUGAUGGCUUUCCCAAAGUACUACAGACCUCCAGAGGGGACAUAUGGAAAAGCUGACACCUAAGCUUAACAAAAGUGUAAUCAGGAGCAUAUAUCAUGCUAAUUAGUGAAUAUAA